AUGCUAGCCAGCAUGAGUGGUGGAGGGUCGAAGGUAUCGAGCGUUUUGGCUACAGUAGAGUCGUUACUAAAAGCAGGGAGUUACCUAAUGCCGGUAGCCCCUGAAGGAGCAUCAGAAGAGGAGACACUUAUAUUCGAAUCGAGGAUUCAGCUGAU